CUGUACAGUGUUUCACUUUAGCCAUAGUGUGAAUUGAUUUCUGGGACACGUCAGAUGGAGGCAAAUGUUAUUUCCGGGAUUGCUGCAUGUUAUCAGUUAAAGAGCCGACUUGUAUAAGAAAAAGGUCACAAAUUCCACUACUUUUUUCCGUGAACACACACACACGCACACACACACGCUUUUUUUUUCACUCUUUGUCUGCUUUUUUUAAUUUUUUUUUUUUAAUCCCACAGGAAAAAAAAAAGGAAUUGGAAACAGCAAAGAUAGGAAGCGAGGGGAAAUAUAUAUACACAUAAAAUGUACAGAAAUUUGAAUUCUACAACCGUGCGUCACCUUGGUUUACGUACCAACACAGCGUUUCGACAUGUCAGUCAAUAUCAUCAACGACCUGCUGUAUCCGCUAUUCGACUUGUCAUUGUUAGACCCAGUGUUGCAGGCCAAAGAGGACUUCAUUUAUCCCGAGAUCUUUUACGAUCGGAAACCAAGUUGGGUAAAGUAGUUGCUGAAGAAAAGGAAACCAUGACUUCAAGAGCAGCUGCCCUUGCAAAAGAACAACAAGCUGCUAAAGCAGCUGCUUUGGCUUCUUCAGGCACUGUCUCCACCACCAGUGCAGCUACUGCCAUCAAGCCCAAAAAGACUCUCUGGCAAAAAGUAAAGGCUGAAGCUGUUCAUUACUGGCACGGUACUCAAUUGCUUGGUCUUGAAAUUAAAAUUUCUUCUUCUUUAACCUGGAAAUUAUUACACGGUGGAAAAUUGACUCGUCGUGAGCAACGUCAGUUACGUCGUACUACAUCUGAUCUUAUGCGUCUGGUCCCUUUCGCGUUCUUCCUCAUUGUGCCAUUUAUGGAAUUGUUAUUACCUGUUGCACUCAAAUUGUUCCCCAACAUGUUACCUAGUACUUAUGAGAGCAAAUCUCAAGAGGAAAAGAAAAAGAUGGCAUUGUUAAAGGUUCGUUUGGAAAUGGCCAAAUUCUUGCAAGAGACUAUAUCCGAAUCGGGUUUCCCCGGAUCUGACCAUGAAAAAGCCGCUACCGAAUUUGCAGAGUUUUUCAGAAAGAUUCGUAUGACCGGUGAACAAGCCUCUACCGAAGAUUUAUUGAACGUAGCCAGACGUUUUGAGGACGAAUUGACCUUGGACAAUUUAUCUAGACCCCAAAUUGUGUCCAUGUGUCGUUACAUGAAUAUUAAUGCCUUUGGUACUGAUAAUUUCUUGCGUUUCCAAAUCCGAAACCGUAUGCGUCAAAUCAAGGCAGAUGAUAAGGUAAUUCAAACCGAGGGUAUUGAGUCUUUAACUAUCCAAGAGCUCCAAAAUGCAUGUGCUGCUCGUGGUAUUCGUUCCGUUGGUACCUCCCCUGGUCGUCUUAGAGAUGAAUUAUCUCAAUGGCUUGAUCUUCACUUGGAACAUCACGUUCCAGGUACCCUUUUGAUUCUUUCCAGAGCCUUCAGUUAUACCGAUCGUGGUAUGACCACCGAAGAAGCCUUGAAGGCUACUUUCAACAGUUUGCCUGAUAACCUUGUAAACGAAGCCGAACUCCAAGUCUUGGAGCAAGUGGGUGCUAGUACCUAUAAGCAAAAGUUGGAUGUCUUGGAACAACAACAAGAGUUAAUUGAGGAUGAAUCUGAGCAAGAAGAGAAGGAAGAGAAGGCCAAGUUGGAAGCUGCCAAGGCUGCUGAGGAACUUCGUUUGGAACAAGAAAAGAAGGAACGUGAGGCUGCUGAAAAGAAGGACGAAUUCGUCGCUGAUGAGCCUGCCGUGACUGAUGCUCAAGCUGAUAAGAAGGAAGAGAAGGAUAUGGCUGCUGCUACUGAGGCUGCUGCCACUGUUGAAGCCGUUGCUGAAAAGAUUGAGCCUAUUUCUGAAGAGACUCCUUUGUCUCAAGAACAACAAUCCGAACUCCAAGAUGCUUUGGCCAAGUUACGUACCAAGGUCAAUGUCUUGGAAGAACGUGCUCAAUUUAACGAGAUCAAGGUUCAACAUGAAGAUUAUAAAGAGCUUAUCGAAGAACUCAAGGAUUCUACUCAACGUGAAGCUGAUAAAGCCACAUUACGUAUGGGCAAGAAGUUGGAAAAGAUGUUGGCUACUAUUGACAAGGAACUGGAUGCCUUGGAAAAGGAUACCACUUCCAAGGAGGCUCCUGUCAAGGAAGAGCCUACUCAAGAAGAACAAGCAAAGAAGGAUUAAAGCCAUAGAUGAUAGAUAUCUAAAUAAACAUUUUUGAUUACCCCCACCCACCAACGCAAAAGUUUAAUGUGUUUUCAUCAGAAUCAGUCAUAAACCGAAGACAGCUUCAAACAAAUAGAGUAAAUGCUG